AUGUCGGCGCGUACACCUAGGAAGUUGCUGUUCGGUAGUGAUUUUUCUGGCUUAGACAGUGCGUGGAUAGCUCUUCGGCGCUUGAAGGUGCCAGCCCAACUGCAAUUCUGCAGUGAUAUCGACCCGGACUGCAAGAACCUUCUGCUUACUUUGCACAAGCCAGCCAGAUUCCAUGACAAUGUGGCCACCCGCAGUCCUGACGAUGAGGCGGCCUGCGAUUGCUAUGUUUUCACUCCUCCAUGCCAAUCCUUUUCUGUGCAAGGGAAACGCCGUGGCCUGAAAGAUCCCCGCGCCGCGGCCAUGAAGGGUUCCUUUCAAUAUAUCAAGAGAAAACACCCGCGAGUAGUACUCUUCGAAAAUGUGAAGGGAAUUACCCACAAAGCUUUUCGUCCAGUUUUGAACGGAAUGCGGGCUGCGCUGAAGAAACUGGGAUAUGUGGUUUGGAUGAAAGUCUUGGACAGCUCCAACUUCCGAGUCGCACAGGAUUGGGAAGAUGUUCUGGAGUGCGCACGCAAUGCCAUGAUGUGGGCAAAUGCUGCUGCUGACGGAGACGAUGAAGUCAUGAUCACUGCUUUGGAUGUUCUGACCACUCUUCGUUUCAGCCACAGUUGUCAUUACCCAGUGACUCGUAUCGCCUGUGGCUUGCCUGACAGGAGCGUCAACUUGAAGAGCAACUUGAAGGUGACAGAAUUCACCAAACAUGAGUUUCAGCAAGCCUUGACCCUUUUGCAGAGUCUCUCGCGCUUAGAAACUCCGACCUUCAAGUGGCGAUGGCUUCAGUCUGGCUUUUUUGGCGACACAGCUGAAGCUGUUCUGUGCGACCGCUUUGCGUGUAGCCUUCCUCGUUAG